UUUAGCUGUAUAUUAUACCUUUGCUUCUAAGCAAGUUAACCAUUUUCGGAUGGAUUGCAAGAUAUUUUGGGAUGUUAGCUCACUUACUAUUCGAUAAAUGUUAAAUUUUGCAGCCCUGGCCAAUCAGCUGUUGCACAUCAGCUGUGCGAGGUCCAAAAUUUAAAAUGUUAAGCGGUUCCAAAGCAUGUAAUAUAUUUUUGUGGAUCACUGGGCAAUUGCCUUGCGUGUAUCUUGAUGAAUUUCACCAAGAUAAUCUUAGAUUGCCUCUCUUCGGGGAGUGAUGCCAAGUGUGAUUACAGCGACAGUAUAUAUACGACCCAUCGCCCCAACUGCUCCCCAUACAGCCUUGGUGAGACUGAGGAACUGGUUGGUGAGCAGGACGGUUAUAUAUUUAUCGGGGAUUGGGCUCGGGUCAACACACUGCCAAUUGAAGCGACAAUCAAGACCAAUUGCAACUCUCACCAUUCGCAAAAUGUCGACGCAGCAGCAGCAAUUGGACUACGUUGAGCGCUGUCUGGUGUACGAGAUCUUCAAGUACUUCGGAUCCAGCGUGUCUCUGGAGGGCCACCGAGUGGAGUGCUCGAAUGGGCUGGACGGAUUCAUGUCCGCCCUGUACACAGUGGAGCUGGAUCUGGUGUCAGCAGAGCGCAAGCGAACGGAGGUCGUCAUGGUCAAGUUCAUGAAGGGUUCAGAGGAGUUUCGCGAGCAGAGCAACUCGUACAUCCAGUUUAGCAACGAGGUGUUCGCUUAUUGCGAAAUACUUCCCGCCUAUGAGCACUUGCUGCGGACCAGUCAUCUGUCUACCGAGGUGGUGGCUAACUGGGUGCCGCGCUGCUACUUUGCCAAGUUCGGAAUGGUCGAUGGCCUUGAAGGUGGUGGUCGCGAAUCCGUAUUAGCUCUUAAACAUCUCAAGGGCGAAGGUUACCAGCUUGGCCCGCGUUUAACACUCCGUCGCGAUCAAUUAGAGGCCAUGGUGGAACUCAUUGGACCUUUUCAUGCCCUUGGCUAUGCCACAAAAAUUCUCCAACCCCAGGUUCAUGCCCGUCUGCUUUCGGGCAUUGUGGACAUGUCAUUCAUUUCCAGGUCAGGCAAGUCUAGUUUUGAUGUUCUAUAUCGCGUGGCCUUCGAUCGAUUCUAUGAAUUCUACGACCGGCAAAAGAAACAGCUCCUAAAAAACUCUGAUACUGGCUUUGAUGCCGCCAUCGAGCGCUUGCGUCAGAAGUACUUUGCCAAUCCCACGCAUCUGCUAGAGAGAAUCCGCACUACAUCUUGUGCCGAAGAUCAGCUUGAUAGUCAUUUCGCCACAUUCCUUCACGGGGACUACAAUCGUAACAAUGUGCUAUUUCACUACGGCGACAAUGCUAAGGUGGAUGCCAUUAAAACCAUUGAUUUCCAGGAGCUACGCUUCAGCACCACUGCUAUCGACCUGAGCUUCUUUAUGUACAUGAACACCCCUUCCGAUGGAAGGGAGGAGCUCUUUUCUUAUCUGCUAAAGAAGUAUCACAAGAGCAUGAUCGAAAUGCUAGACUUGGUGUUACAUCGUAACCGAGAUCAGCUGAGGGACGAGCAAGUGGAGCAGCUCCUAGGGGACUACAGCUUUAAACGCUUUGAGGCCCAUUUCAAGCGAUAUGCCUUCUACGGGGUGAUGGUAUGCAUGCAUUUCAUGCCUUGUCUGUUGGCCAGCGAGACUGAUUGUGCUGAAUUAUCCCGGCUCUUUGACACGGACAUGCACGGUCCGGCCUUCUAUCAAUUAUCGCUGGACAUAGCCGGUGAUGCAGCCAACGAGGAGAUCUUCCAAAUAGUGCGUCACGCUUACGAGCAUGGCUAUAUGGAUGAGAUAUAGGUGCCAACAGCACGCUUAUCAGUCUUUAAACUUUCUUGGUCUUCGCCAAAAUAUACAUUUUUAUAUCCAUCAUUCAUGUGAAGAUAAUAUUAAAUGAGCAAACCGUCAUACACAAUCUAUUCUUGCUUUGACACUAAAACACGAAGUGACUUUCAGUUUGGCACCACACCAAAAAAAUAAACUUUUUGUGGCCUUGUUUUACU